AUGGACGAAGAUUCGCCAUGGGGUGACGUGCCGUCACGAUCGCAAUCCAACAGCAACCUGGCCGCCCAAGCUACCGACGGCGAGCCAACAAAGCCGACGACUACGGCAUCAACGACAGAGGACGACACUCCCGCUGCUCCCAUCGAGAGUGCUCCAGCCAAAGUCAAGAACGCGCCGUCCAAGACACGACCUUCGCGCCGAUUUGGAGGGCAGUCCACCACACUCGAAGCACUCGACGACUCUCUGGGUCCCCUUGGUCCAUUGGGAGAUGCCACGGCCGAAGCUGCUCCUGUCGAGGAACGUCCUGCACCGCCGCGAAAGGAACAGAAGGUCCGCAACGCUCCGCCGACCGCCUUGAUGGAGAGCACCACUCUUGACGACGAUGGCAUGUCGACCAUGUCCGGACGCGCGCCUCCACCCGUGCAGCCCGCACCCGUCGCAGACGCUCCCAGACGUCAGAUGCAGCCCAGUGUCAGCAUCGAACAAGCUGCCAAACCCUCGUUCGACAUCAGCGUUGGCGACCCGCACAAGGUCGGGGACUUGACCAGCUCGCACACCGUCUACCAGGUCCGCACAAAGACUUCCAGCAAAGCCUACCGCACUCCCGAGUUCACCGUCUCGCGCCGCUACCGCGAUUUUCUAUGGCUGUACAACCAAUUGCACAACAACAAUCCUGGAGUCGUUGUCCCUCCACCACCGGAGAAGCAGGCCAUGAACAGAUUCGACCAGAACUUUGUCGAGAGCCGACGCGCUGCCUUGGAACGCAUGCUGAACAAGUCUGCUGCUCAUCCCGUCCUGCAACACGAUGGCGACCUCAAGCUGUUCCUCGAGAGUGAAGCCUUCAACGUCGACAUCAAGCAUAAGGAGCGCAAGGACGUCGGCCUGCCCGAGACAAAGUCCGGCGGCGGCAUGUUGGGCGCCAUUGGCCUGUCGGUCGGGUCCAGCACUAAGUUUGUCGAACACGACGACGUAAGUGCCGCUUAUUCUUCUUAUAUCGAUGCCCUCCCCCCUAGUCCCGCCCUGCCCGAACCCGUCGUGCCUAAUUACUACACUUACACCAUCAUGUCGCAGUGGUUCCACGACCGUAAAAUCUACCUUGACGCUCUCGAAACGCAGCUCAAGGCCCUCCUCAAAUCUACCGAUACCGUUGUCGCUCAGCGCAAGUCACUGGCCGAGAGCUGUCAGGACUUUUCCGCCUCGCUGCAUCAACUUGCUUCUGUUGAGCUUUCGCCUGAUCUUUCCGCUCCUCUUGAUGCCCUUUCCGAUAUACAAAUGCGCAUCCGAGACCUGAACGACCGCCAAGCACAGCAGGAUGUCUUGACUUUGGGUAUUGUACUAGACGAAUACAUCCGUCUCAUCGGCAGCAUCAAAACAGCCUUCCAACAACGUCAAAAAGCCUACCACAACUGGCACACGGCCGAAGCCGCCCUCCAAAAGCUCAAAAACACCCACGACAAGCUGCUUCGAGCCGGCCGCACCCAACAAGAUCGACUCUCACAGAUGCAAGCCGAUGUCGCAGAUGCAGAGAGACGUGUUCAUCAAGCACGUCUACUCUUUGAAGACAUGGGUCGUUUGAUGCGCAGUGAACUCGACCGCUUCGAGCGCGAAAAAGUAGAUGACUUUAAGAGUGGUGUGGAGACUUUUCUCGAGUCGGCUAUUGAAGCGCAAAAAGAGCUUAUUGAGCUUUGGGAGACUUAUCUUUUGCAGUUGGAUGCCGAUGAUGAGGAUGGUUCUGCUCCGUACUUUGCUGCUGGUGUUGAUGGGAGGGAAGGUUCUGGUGAGCAGGAUGGUGCGGGCAAUGGGGAGAAUGACGCCGAGGUGGCUGGAGUGGGGGAUGCAGAGGAAAGUGGUGACACAGAGGAACAGCAAUCCGGUCUUGCGCCUGCUGCUGCUGCCGCUGCUGCUGCCGAGGAAGUCGAGAGUGAAGCAUAG